AUGCCUACUAUUCCAGUUGAUAAACAAGAUCUUUUCGAUCUAUUAGGUAGAUCAUAUACUACUGAAGAAUUCGACGAAUUAUGUUUUGAAUUCGGUAUUGAAUUGGAUGAAGACACUACUGAAGAGUGUAAGGGUGAUGAAAGACCUCAGUUUAAGAUUGAAGUUCCAGCAAAUAGAUAUGAUAUGUUAUGUAUCGAAGGUAUUGCUCAAGCUUUGAAUGAAUUUUUGGGUAAGAAACUGUCCCCAGGUUUCAAAUACAACCCAUCGAAGCCAGAAAUUUCUUUGACCAUUCACAAGUCAACCGAACAGGUGCGUCCAUACGCAGCCUCUGCCAUUUUGAGAAAUGUUCAACUUGAUGAAAGACGUUAUGAUUCGUUCCUUGCUUUACAGGAUAAAUUGCAUACCAACUUAUGUCGUAAUAGAACUUUGGUGGCUAUAGGUACCCAUGAUUUGGAUACACUUACUCCUCCAUUCACAUACGAAGCUUUACCACCUUCGGAAAUUAACUUUAUCCCAUUAAACCAAGAGAAAGAGAUGGAUGGUAACCAGUUAAUGGAAUUCUACGAAAAGGAUAAGCACUUAGGAAAAUACUUACAUAUCAUUAAGGACUCACCAGUAUAUCCUGUUAUCUUGGAUGCAAACAGAACCGUUUGUUCAUUACCACCUAUUAUCAAUUCUAAUCACUCAAAGAUUUCGGCCCAAACAAGAAACAUCUUCAUCGAUGUCACCGGUACUGAUAGAACCAAGACUGAGAUUGUCAUUAAUCAAUUAGUCGCUAUGUUUGCCGGUUACUGUAAGGUACCAUUUGAAAUAGAACCUAUUGAAAUAAAAUCUGAGCAUAAUAAGCAAGACCGUAUAACACCAGAUAUCUCAGCAAGACCUUUUGAAGCUGAAAUCCCAUAUAUCAAUUCUUGUUUAGGUUUAGAUUUAACUGGCCAAGAAAUCUCCGACUUGUUGAAAAGAAUGUCUUUACAUGCCAAACCUUCGUCUAAGAAAGACUUAAUUGACAUUGGAAUUCCAAUAACCAGACCUGACAUUUUGCAUCAAUGUGAUAUCAUGGAAGACGCGGCUAUUGCUUACGGUUACAACAACUUAACCAAGACAAAAGCCAAGGGUGACUCCUUAGUUGCUGCACCAUUGCCAGUGAAUAAGAUCGGUGAUAUAUUAAGAAUAGCCAGUGCUCAAGCCGGGUACUUGGAAGUAUUACCUUUAACAUUAUGUUCGCACGAUGAAAACUUCAAAUUCUUAAGAACCAAAGACGACAACACUACUGCUGUCAAAUUAGAAAAUCCAAAGACAAUUGAGUACCAAGUCGUCAGAACCACUUUAGUACCUGGUCUUUUGAAGACUAUUAAGGAAAACAGAAAGCACUCUUUACCAAUCAAGGUUUUUGAAGCUGGUGAUAUCGUUUUAAAGAACCCUGAGUUAGAAAGAGGUGCCUUCAACCAACGUAAUUGGAGUGCCAUCUACGCUGGAAAAACUUCCGGGUUUGAAUUUGUUCAAGGUUUAUUAGGUAAAAUCAUGCAAACCAUGAGAACCUCCUGGUUAGAAAACCCAAAGGAGUCCACCGAAAGAGGUUACUGGAUCGAGCAAGAUGACGAAAAUCCAACCUUCUUCCCUGGAAGAGGUGCCAAGGUUUUCUUCAGAGCCGGUGAUGGGUCCAAAGAACAACAUAUUGGUGCUAUUGGUGUCUUGCAUCCAGAAGUCAUGGCAAAUUUCGAAAUUCCAUACGCCGCUUCUUCUGUUGAAAUCAACGCCGAAGUAUUCUUGUAA